CCUGCCUGUCUCUCACCUGUCUGUCUCUCAGGACUGUGGUCUGGUGGUGCACCCUGGUCUCCCCUGUGGUCUGCAGCCCUUCAUCAGGACGCUCAGCCCCCCCCUCAUCUGCAGUUCAGGACACCAUCCAGGUGUGUGGGUGGUGCCGUGUCUCACCUGCUCUGACAACAGGACGUGUGAUUGGAGGGAGGUUACCUGGCAACCAGACGGCUGUUACCACCCGCAGGUCUCCCCCCCCCUGCUGCAGGCCUGUCUGACGGACAGGAAGGUGCUGUUCAUCGGGGACUCCACUAACCGCGGCAUUAUGUACUUCCUGUUGGAGCGGGUGAACUCCAGCCUGCAGGUGUGGGGGCGAAGCCACGACCUGCAGGUAUAUGAGUACCUGAACCAGGACCGGACCCUCGUCAGCUACUCUUACUACCCCCGCUUCUGGGAGGACAAGGACCAGAGACCCACCUUCAGACAGAGCCUGCUGCAGCUCAUACACAGGUCGCGCCCUCUGGUGAACUCUAAGCAGACGGUGCUGGUGGUGGGGGGGGUCCAGUGGCUGAAGGUGGAUCACCUAAGGACCGUCAGAGAGGUGCUGGACAGAGAGUCUCUCAGUGACGUCCUGGUGGUGGUCAAAUCUUUAGGGAUGGGGUUCCACCUACCUGUGGACGGGAUCCGGUCCCUCAGUCUGAGAGAGAUCCAGGACCUGUACAGGCAGAACCAGGACAUCAUCACAGCAGCAAAGCAUCAUGGGUACGAGGCGAUCGACACCUUCAGCAUCACCAUGGGUCGCUUCAGAGACUUCCUGCAGGGCCGCUGCGCCUGCCACUUCCACCAGGUGGAGAAGUCCUCCAGGCCUUCAGACCCCAUCACAGCCUCCAGAACCACACCUGAGCUCCAAUCAGACGCCCAGCAUCCAGAGAAGGAGGCAUGGCCUAGAGCCUCGACCUAUCACGUGAGAGGACCAGUGAACCAGGUGUACUCUGAGAUCCUGCUGAGCCGCCUGUGCCCCCGAAACACAUGAGAGAGAGACAGGAAGUGGUUCUGAUCCACACAACUACUUCCUGUUCGUUCUUAUGCACACUAGCUGCCUCUGAAGGACACUAUCUGCUUCUGAAGGACACUAGUUAGUCUAUGAUGUGUAAUAUCUAGUCUAUGAUGUGUACUAGUUAGUCUAUGAUGUGUACUAGUUAGUCGUGUACUAGUUAGUCUAUGAUGUGUACUAGUUAGUAGUUAGUCUAUGAUGUGUACUAGUUGGUAUAUGAUGUGGACUAGUUGGUCUAUGAUGUGUACUAGUUAGUCUAUGAUGUGUACUAGUUAGUCUAUGAUGUGUACUAGUUGGUCUCUGAUGCGUACUAGAUAGUCUAUGAUGUGUAAUAAUUAAUCUCUGAUGUGUACUAGUUGGUCUAUGAUGUGUACUAGUUGGUCUAUGAUGUGUACUAGUUGGUCUCUGAUGCAUACUAGAUAGUCUAUGAUGUGUAAUAAUUAGUCUCUGAUGUGUACUAGUUGGUCUAUGAUGUGUACUAGUUGGUCUCUGA